AUGGAGAAGCCCAACGCACUCGGCAUCUCCGCUGAUGAUUUUAGGGCAAUUGAACAGACGCGUCAGCGUCUCUUUCAGUUGUCUAACAGCAUCCAGGGUCUGAAGAUGGACGUGCUGAAGAGCAAUCCGCUCCCGCCUCCAUCCUCUCUCCACGCCACAUCUCAGAUCCUCCUACGCAACCUGCAAAACCUCCUCGACAACCUGACCGAAAACAUCCACGUCUUCCAGCACCUACACGUCUUCCCAGACGUCUCGUUUCCGGGACGUAACCAGGAGCAUAUCCUUGGUCAGCUCGUCCGCAAGAAAUUGGAACCCGGCGUCGAGGAGUGGGUCGAGCGUGGCCGCGAGACGACUCGGGAACUCCGCGGGGAGGGAGAGGGUGACGGUGUCACGGCGGAUGGCGAGGCUAAGCUGGAGGAGGUGUGGCGCGAAGUCCGCGCGUGGACUGUCGAGCGCGUACAGAAAUAUGUUCUUGAGGAGGCGGGCGAUGUGUACACCGAGGAGGAACGCGAGAAGGGGGUCGAGAAUGUGAGGACGGGGCUCAAGAGGGGCUUGGAGGAGGACGAAGAUAGCGAAGACGAAGAGGGAGAUGGAGACGAGGAUGUCGUCAUGGGAGGGCAGCAGCAGCAGCAGCAACAGCCGCCGCCGCCGAAGAGAACAGGCCCUGAGCCGGAGAUGCUGUUCUGGUUCGAGGCGAACGGGGACUUCGACCUGAAUCGAAAUGUGGAGUUAUUGAGUCGGGCGGGGACGAAGCGUGGGCCGAUGGGGGCGAGGAAGUAG